AUGUAUCUUCCAGAAAGACGCCUCUUCAGUCGACCAACCCUUGUGAUCUGUCUGGUUUUCUUUAGCCUUUUGUCUGUCUCCACAUUUUUGCACCUGCAGAAAAACAAUUAUUACCCAUGGUGGAGGAUCAGUAUCAAAAACAUAUUUACUCUUUCAAACCAUGAACAUACUUCCUUCCUCAACACAACUCCCGGAACACCCUCUAAGAACUUGGAUAGAGGUAUAUGGACAGUGAACUCUAUCGGUCGUUUGGGAAACCAGAUGGGAGAAUAUGCCACCCUCUAUGCCUUAGCCAAGCUCAAUGGGCAUCAAGCCUACAUCCUUCCAGCCAUGCACCAGUAUCUGGCAACAAUAUUCAAGAUCACUUUGCCUGUGAUCCCUUCUGAAUUGGUUGGCAAAAUCCCCUGGAAAAACUACCAUCUCCAUAACUGGAUGUCGGAGGAGUAUCAUCACAUCCAGGGCAAGUAUGUGCGGCUAACAGGCUACCCUUAUUCUUACACUUUUUAUCACCACAUCCACCAGGAGAUACUUCAGGAGUUCACCUUCCAUGACUACAUCAAGGAGGAAACCGACCGAUACCUUCUGCAGCUGCGGGGGCAGCGCAAGGAGGUCACAUACAUUGGAGUGCAUGUCCGGAGAGGGGAUUAUGUGAAUCUAAUGCCCAAUGUCUGGAAAGGUGUAGUGGCUGACAAAGGUUAUCUGGAGAAAGCCAUGAAUUACUUCAGAGAGAAAUACCAUGAUGCCAUCUUUGUGGUGGUCAGUAAUGGGAUGGAUUGGUGCAAGCAGAACAUUGAUGCUACCAAGGGAGAUGUUUAUUUUGCUGGCGAUGGGCGGGAAUCAUCCCCAGGGAGGGACUUUGCUCUCAUUGCUCAUUGCAACCACACCAUAAUGACCAUUGGGUCAUAUGGCAUCUGGGCCAGCUACCUGGCUGGUGGGGAGACUAUUUACUUGGCCAACUAUACCCUCCCAGGCUCGCCUCACUUCAAGGUAUUCAAGCCAUCUGCAGCCUUCUUGCCUGAAUGGAUUGGGAUCCCAGCUGACCUUUCUCCUCUACUACCCAAGUCAUAA